UUUCGAAUACCUCAGACUACAGACAUCCUCGAUAAAUAUUCUUAUAAUUAUGGCUGAUAUUUCGGAGAGCUUUAAGAAGCACAAGAUCAUACCGGACAUACUGCAAGUGGCACCAGCGAAACUCUUAAAGGUCACCUAUGCGUCCGGUGUGGAGGUGAACAGCGGCAAUGAGUUGACGCCCACUCAGGUGAAGAAUAAUCCACGGCUUGAAUGGGAAACGGAGGAGAAUGCUCUGUAUGCCGUGAUCCUUACAGAUCCCGAUGCGCCCAGUCGCAAGGAGCCCAAGUUUCGUGAGUGGCAUCAUUGGCUGGUCGUCAAUGUGCCUGGCACUCAGGUGGACAAAGGUGAUGUGCUCAGCGCUUUCGUGGGUGCGGGUCCACCACAGGGCACCGGCCUGCAUCGCUACGUUUUCCUGGUAUACAAACAGUCCCAGAAACUGUCCUGCAAUGAGCCGCACAUUCCGAAGACAAGCGGCGACAAACGCGGCAAAUUCAGCACUGAGAAAUUUGUGGCCAAAUACAAGCUGGGCAAUCCCGUGGCCGGCAAUUUCUUUCAAGCACAAUGGGACGAUUAUGUGCCCACAUUGUACAAGCAGCUGUCUGGCAAGUGAAAAAACCAAAUAAACAACAACAAUAAUAUUCAUGAUAAUUGAUUUAGACUUGAAUUGAUAAAUUAGUAAAUGCAAUUUGCAAUAUA